CCAGCUGCUGCGCUGCGCCAGGGGGUGGGAGGCGGCGCCCUGCUCCCAGCUGCGGGGCCGCGGCCGGUGGCUGGUGGAGUGGCGCGGGCGUCCCGUUUCCGUCGGCCCCGCCGGCCGGCCUGACCCUCGGCAGUAGGUAAGCCGGGGAGCGAGCGUGGCGGUCCCUGGAUUCCAGGGGCAGAGGCAGCUUGUCCUGACCUCGGCCCAGCGGGCGGCCCGGUCUCCCCGGUCUUCAGAGUCCGCGCUGGACAGCGAGCUCAUGUCCAUCAGUCAGUCUAUGCCUGGAACUGUCGCUCGAUACCUUGAUGCGAAGAACUGACUCAUUGGAAAAGACCCUGAUGCUGGGAAAGAUUGAGGGCGGGAGGAGAAGGGGACGACAGAGGAUGAGAUGGCUGGAUGGCAUCACUGACUCGAUGGACAUGAGUUUGAGUGAACUCCGGGAGUUGGUGAUGGACAGAGAUUCCUGGCGUGCUGCAGUCCAUGGGGUCACAGAGUCGGACACGACUGAGAGACUGAACUGAACUGAACCGAACGUCACUAAUCCUUCACAAGCCAGUGAGUCAGGGACCUGCUGGCCCUCGAGUGAGGGUGUCGGAGACGUGUCCAACCCGGGCCCAGGCUGAGUGGAGGGGGCGACCCGUGGGGUGAGCAGCCCGCUGACCACCAGCGGCACCUGCAUCGCAGCUGCCCGACCCCUCGGCCCCCUGGUCCCACUUGGUCUCAUGGAGCCUCGGGGCGAGAAGUCAGGAGAGGCUGACGGGGUGCGCGUGACGCCCCAGCUGCUCAAGGCGCGCUCGGGCGAGUUCGCCCUGGAGUCCAUCCUGCUGCUCAAGCUGCGGGGCCUGGGGCUGGUGGGCUUGGGCUGCCUGGGGGACUGCCUCGGCCUCGAGUGGCUGGACCUGUCGGGUAACGCGCUUACCCAGCUGGGCCCGCUGGCCUCCCUGCGGCAGCUGGCUGUGCUCAACGUGGCUGACAACCGGCUGACGGGCCUGGAGCCCCUGGCCGCCUGCGAGAACCUGCAGUGUCUCAAUGCUGCAGGCAACCUGCUGGCUGGGCCCGCGCAGCUGCAGUGCCUGGCGGGGCUGCGGGGUUUGGAGCGCCUGCGGCUCCGAGACCCGUUGGCGCGGCUCAGCAACCCGCUGUGCGCCAGCCCCUGCUACUGGGCCUCAGUGCGCGAGCUGCUGCCUGGUCUGAAGGUCCUUGAUGGCGAGCGUGUGAGCGGGCGCGGCAGCGACUUCUACCAGCUGUGCCGGGACCUCGACAGCUCCUUGAGCCCCGACCCUGGUGCCCCUGGCCCCCGGCCCACGGAGGCCCAGCCUUGGGUGGAGCCUGGCUACUGGGAGGCCUUGCCCCCGCGCAGCAGCUCCAUCCUGGAGGAGGCCUGCCGCCAGUUCCAGGACACGCUGCAGGAGUGCCACGACCUGGACCGCCAGGCCCGGGACAGCUUGGCCCAGGCCAUGCGGGCGCUCAGCCCUGCGGGUGCCACUGCCGCCUCCUUCAUCUUCUGAAGGCGCCCCGGGCCCUCGGUGGCCUCCCUGCUCGUCUGGACAGUUUUGUCCCGCUGCUUGUUGCCCUUCAAGGAAAACUCCCCACGUCCAUCAAAGACGUACCUCCCUUGGGCCCUCCCCAAGCAGCUGGCUCAGCCUGAGGCUGUCCUGCCACCACCUAGAAGAGUGCCUGGGAGGAGGUCCCUGGCCCCUUCCGUGGCUACAGCUGCUGCCUGUCCCAGCUGCAUGAGCCUGAGGCUCGGAGGAAGAAAGCGGGUUGGUCCUAAGGCUGCAGCUGGGGGAGGCGGGGAAGGCCAGCCUCCUGCCCCUCCCGCCCUGGGAGAGGCCGUGGCUGAGCUCGCCUGCCUGGAAGCUGCAUUUACGCACCUCCCUGGUUUUCCUGCUGUGUCCUUUGCUUCUGGGUCUCCCUGGAACCUCCACUGUCCCCAUUCACACCCAUGCUCAUCCCUAUUAAAUUGUUUUAAUUAGUA